AUGGCCUACAGUUGCUUUUCUGGAAACUACUCCUCCCCAUCUUUUAGGUGCUGCCUUCCUACCUUAGGUUCCUCCUGUGGCUCUUCUUACCCCAGCAACAUGGUCUACACCACUACCAGCUGCUCUCCCAGCACCCACCAGAUGGGCUCCUCUCUGAUCAGGAGCUGUCAGGAGACCUACGUUGAACCUACCACCUGCCAGAUGCCCUGCUACUACCCGAGGAGCUCCACACCCUGCAGUCCCUGCCAGGGCACAUAUGCUGGAUCUCUGGGCUUUGGGUCCAGCAGCUGUCAUUCCCUGGGCUAUGGAUCUAGAAGCUGUUACUCAGGGUACUGUGGAUCCAGUGGCUGCAGAUCUCUGGGUUAUGGGUCCAGAUCCUACUACCCAAUGUACUUGAAUUCUACAACAUCUCAACCUUCUUGUUAUAGAUCUGUCUGUGGUACUGGCUUCUAG